UACAGAAGGCCGUGAAGUGAACGCCAUGAAAACUAAACACAGAAGACAGAACUCAGUUUAUUAUAAUAAUAAAAAAGUUGAUCGAUUGAAUUUGACUACAUUAAUUAAUGACAAUACUGUACUGUACUUUGAUUUUUGAAAUCUUAAAUUUUAAAAAAGAAUCAUAAAGUAUUUGAUUCCUCAGUGAGCUAUUAGCCUAUAAAAUGGUAGUGUUAUCUUGCGAAAUUUAGAAAGAUCAGUAUUAUAUUGUUUUAAAUACUACAUUUUAUUCUGGUGAUGUGCAAAAGUAAUGUUACGUUUUCUAGCUAAUGAGUGAAUUCAUCAUAAUGAUAAGUGAACGCUGGAAAUGAAUGAAGCAAGAUGUGGACAUUAUGAUGUUGUUCUGGCUUCCUUGGGCUAAGUUGUGUGCUGUCCCAGAAGUUCUAUGGGUAGUGUUGCUUAUAACAUCUGCUUCAACUCUGGAGACGGCAACCCUUCAGUCAAAAGAUGCACGGAACAGGCCUGCUAACGCGGGAGAUAUCGAUAGGAAAGAAAUCACAUCUGAUUUCGCUGCCGUCACUGAUGAAUUCAAACUUCCGUUGCAGUAUCAUCACCACCAUCAUGUGAAUGAAAGAGUCGCAGACUUAGCACCAUAUCAUGAUGACGAAAAUAUCACUUCCGACUCGACUAAGUCGGCUCAAACUGACCUCAAGUCACAAACUGGUACAAAUUUAGAUAGCAGGGUCGAUAGAUUAUCUAAUACAAGUAAUGAUGAGCUCAUAGAUAGUGAACAUCCAAACAAUCCCGUUAGCAAUGUUAGAUCGCCCAAAAAUAAUGGGUCUACCCCCAUUGGACCAAUUUUGAAUUUCGAUAGCAAUAGUAACAUCAUUAGAGAACCCGAGAACACUGAAAUAGAAGAAAACCCGAAUAGGAGAUCGCAGGAAUCGGCUAAAACUAAAGACUUGAAAAAUAAGCAGAAUGACACCAAGAAACUGUACAAAGAAAAAUCACAGAUUAAUGAAGAACGUGGAGGUGAAAUUUUCAAGAAAUUGUUGGACAAUGAUGGUGGUAAAUCGGAAAUUGAAGGUUAUAAGAUAAGGUAUGAUGUCAAGUGCUCAACCUCCUCCGAAGAGACAUCUGAAGGCAGCAAUAGAUGUGGAGAGCACAGCAAUAACAGAACGGUUGAUGUAUACAAACUUGAAAGACAGCAAUCUGGAGUUUCCGUUUUAAAUACGGCUCCAAAAACACCCUUGGUUCAAAAAUUGCAAGGUUCGGAGCACGAAGAUGAACAAGCAAAUAGAUCAGAUUCCAUUGCAGUGGUAAUUGGAACUCAUCAGAACAGCAAUCAACCCUCAUUCAGCAAAGCAAAGAGCAAGAGCAGUCUCGAAGCAAAAACCUAUUCGAAAGACGUCCCUAAUCAGUCAACAACCAAAGGUUUGGAUGAUUCAAGGAAGAAGACGAAAGUGAAGAGCAAGUCAACGUUCCAUGAAAUACUCGAGAAUGAAGAUAUUGAGUAUGUUUCGUCGCAUAAUAGCAAUGAUUCGUUGUAUCUGAUGAACGACCAACCCAAUGAACCUCCUGCCACGAGUUUCGAUGAAGAUGUCAUCUCUUCAUCCCCUUCCCCUUCAACAGUUGCAUUAGAUGACAGCUCUGAAUUCUUACACCAUGACAAUGAUAGUGUAGUAGCUGUGAAUGCGAGUGUUAUUGAGACAAACGAAAACUCGUCAGCUGUUACUUCAGCAAAUGGAAGGACAAUGAAAGCCAUGAGCAAUAACGAUGUUCAUGAAACUGAAUCAUACUUUCAGGGCUCCGACCUCUUAAUAAUCGUGGGAAUCGUUUCUUCUGUUGUAAUCCUCUCUAGUUUAAUAGGUGCUGCCUCGUUCAUUUUAUAUCGUCAUCGUUACUGGAACAAGCCUCAGACAUUGAGUGACAAAUGCAGCAAUGCUGAUUCCAGUGGCUAUAUUGAUGAUAGUACUCUCAGAGAAAACUCAGAAGAAAUGUACAGUUUGGACAAUGAUUCAUUCCUCAACAGUUUGGAAGCUAUGACAAUCCAGAAUUAUUGGACAGACAAUGUAAAGCACACAAAACUUUAGAUAAGUACUUAAAUGUAAUUUGUAAUCACUUUAAUUAUCUAGUAAGUAAAUCAGUUAUCAGUAUAUUGCGUAAGAACAUGUGAAGAUGUCUUCUAAAAUCAUUUUCUCAAAAGAGAAUUUUAGAGUUUGACUCACGUUAUACGCUUACAAAGUAGUGCACAUAAAAGUAGAUUUAAAAAAUACAUUCAAUUUCCUUUUAAGUUGAAUAUAGUUACCAGACCCAAUAUGAUAACCAGCCAAAUGUAAAAAAUGAAAAAUGUACGUAUACUCAUUUUGAGCUGUUUAUCUCAACUAUUACUGCAUAUCAACACAGUGAAAUGAUAUCGUUUAAUCAAGAGAUUGUUAUCCUCAUUCACUGUGGAAGAAAUUGAACUCAGCUGUUUUUUUUUUUUGGAUACCUAUUGCAUGGUACCGUAAUGAAGUCUGUUUUUGUUGUUGUUUGAAUAAAGGAAAUCCAGUGAUGCUGGGUGAUAUAAUUAUGAAAACUCAUACAAUCAAUUUAAUAUCUACCACCUUGAUGUGCACUUCUUGUAGCUUGUUCCUGAAACGCUUAAGGAAUAGAAUGUAAAAAAUGUAUGUUAGUCAUAUUUCAUAAUAGCUUUCUUAGAUAUAGUUUUCAUGAUUCCUAAUAAACUAUGACCAAUAGAAUUAAUAACUGAUUGCGCUGAUUGUGAAAUUCUGUAUUGUUAUUGUAAUUUACUUAUUCAUUGUUUAAAUUACAUUAAUUUUUCAAAUAAAUUCAAAAAUUCUCCAUUAUUAUUUAAGGCCAGUUGCCAAAUCCUUUGUGAAAACAUUUUAAUUGUUGCUAUUUUCUUAGUAAAAAAAUAUUAAAUUGCUCCUUUGAAGCAAUUCAGGCAUAUUGCUUGUAGGUAUACCAAUAUUAUUUAUCAUCUCAAGACACCUGUUUUACUGUUCGAUAAUUUCAAUUGUAACCCAUAUUUACAGGCAAGUCUAAAAUUGUAUUAAUUGAAUUUAACUAGUGUUGAUUCAACUUCGAUAAAAUUGUUGUAACUGGCCUUUCAAUCUUUAUUUUUUUCAAUUAUUGUUACCUCAUUACAAAAAAAGUAUUCUGUCGAUUCUGACAUUGCAAUAUAUUUGUGACUAUCAUUUUUAGUGUUUAAGAGUUGUUGAUUUUCAUAUACAUUCUAUGUUUCGACAUUUUUGUUUGUUUUCCAAGUUUAUAAUGUUUCUGGAGAUUUGAUUGGUUUACUAUUGGUGUGGUUGACUUUACUCACUAUCAUAAUUUCCUAGGAUAGACCUUAUGAAUGUUCCCCAAUAACUUCCAAAUCCCUUGAAUAUAUCUUAUACUCUCCACAGUAUUAACUGAUAAAUUGUAUACACGAAGUAUUUCCGUAAACUUUCCAUGUCAUCCGCUGGAGAUUUUGUACUUUUCUAUUUAUUUAUAAACAUUUAGAUAUUCAGGUCUUGGAUGGUUGUUUUCUCCAUUUAUCAUGUUAAAGUCCAUAUCAAUACGAUGGUUGUAGAAAAACAAGUGAUUGAUAACUAUAUAUCAAAGUAGAAGUAUAUAGUUUUGAUGAAAAAUGUGUAGCUUUUUUGCACUUUCACCAUCAAAUUUAUAAGAAGUGACGUAUACACAAUUUUUAUCAGAGCUUUUAUUUUUCAAGCGUCACUUCAAAAUACGUAAAAUAUAUCUAGAAUAAGAUAAAUAGGUUUUUGCACUUGGUUUGAUGUAUUAUUAGUAUUAGCGUACAGUAGUAUUUUAGUAUUUGUUAUUAGAUGUUUCUAAAUCAUAUAUAUUUUAACCUAGAGAAUAUGUUUGUACUUUUAUGUAAACUGUUAAUGCAUAUCCGUCCUCAAUUUUUUGUUUUGAAAGCAAUUUAUAUCUUCUUAUGAUCCGUUUUUUAUUAUUUGACUUUUAGUAUUUUGUUAAUAUAUUUUUAUGUUAUAGUUAGUCAAUAAUUAUUGUUAUUUUUUCACAAAUGAACCUAAAUAAUAUUUCCACGAAUGCGCUGAAUAAAUAUUGUAUGUCACUUGCAUAUUCUUGUCGAUUUAUGUUUUUGGUUUAUGUUUUGAGGUUGCUGUAUCAUCAACAAUUAUUGAUUUAUUACUCAGUUUUAAUUGCAAAGUCGCAUGCAUGAUAUUAUUGCAUCACCUUAAUAAAAUGAUAAUUUUAAUAAUGUAUUUGGAGAAUAGAUUUUACAAUAAUUCAUAAAAAUAUAAUAUUACUCACUUUUCUUUAUAGGGGUACCAAAAUUAUUGAAAAGUAAAAAGUUAUCAAAGACCCUUUUUCAUAUUUUAUUGAAUCAAAACUAGUUUAAAUUCAUUACAGCCAUUUUGAAGUGUAAAUUACUUAAUUUCGAGUGUAAAUUACUAAACUUAAAAAGUGUUAAUUACAUUAUAAUUUCUAAUUAUGAUGACAAUUAAUUUCAAUUUACACUUGAAGAUGGCUCUAAUGAGUUUAAACUAGUUGUGAUUUAAUAAAAUAUAAAAAAGUAACUUGAUAACUUUUAUUCCUUUUCAAAUAUAAUAAUUUUCAUUAUUGGAGAAGAAUAAUCAUUACCAAUAGAGAUUGAAAGUAGAAUUACUGCAUAAAUUUAUCAAGUAAUUAUUUGGCUUAUCUUCUAAAAUGAAAGUUAUUUGUCAAGCCAGAGAUUUUUUGAUGUAUUGAGAACGUUGUGUUCCUGUUAUUCAUGUUCUGUCUGUUGGUCUGAAUUUGAAGUUUCCCAUGAUGAUUACCCACAUUUUGUGUUUUUAAACACAUCAUUAUGAAAAUACAUAGUUUAUUCCCGAUCUCCAAAACCCAAAGCAAUAUUCAUACUAUCGUGAGAAUACUUACAAAUUAUUACUUCUCGAAUAUAUUGUUUUCAUGCAAUACUUAUCAAAUAAUUGACAAUACAAUAAAAUACUAUAAUGGUUGUGUAGAUAGUUUAUUUUGGAAAAUAUAAAUACUAUUUAGGAAGUAAUCUAAUAUUUAGUACAAGUUCGGUGAUAAUUUUUCCGUGUAAUUUUGAUUAAAUCAAAAAACGAACGAGAUCACAUAUCUUUGAGUAUCGCAUGUAUGCAAUCACAGUUUGCAUUUUUUCGAUACUUCUGCAUGCAUUUUCGGUGGAAUCAUUUUUAAAUUCCAUGGAUAUUAUAAUCACUUUUAUCUUAAAAAUGAGAUGUUUAGUCCAAACAUGAACAAUCAAUUAGAGGCAAUGUGUCGCUGUCAUUGAUAAUAUGUAACUAAUACCAUUAGUCUGUUAUUGAUAAUUUCUCAGUAUUUAUUUCAAAGUAUUUAUGUACAAAUAUUCAAUCUUGACUUAAGAAAUGUUCACUUAUUCAUCUUUUUCUAUUAAGGGAUCAUAGUUAAUUAAAAUAUUUUUGGUUUUCUAUCAUACUAAUUACGCUAGAAAAUUCCUGUUAGCACGCAUUUCAAUAUUUCCACACAUGAGGUUUUUGAAUUGAACUUAUCAACACUAGCACAUAGAAAUUCUCUGAGCUAGAAAUUCAUUUCAUAAUAUACUGGAACGCGUAUAGGGUAAUUUUGUAGAGACAUUACUACUUAACAAAGUUGGGUUUGGGUAUGGGUAAAAUUUGAGUAUGCGUUUAUUAAUCUGAUAAAUUUUAAAUUUCGGCUAUCUUGAAUAUAGAAGAAGUAAAGUUUAUAAAAUAUUUUGUGUGAAGAAUAUUUUUGUUAUUUGUUGACCUAAAAAUUGCUUACCUUAGACUUAGAAAAUGGUGAUUAUUUUAAUUCAUUAGUUAUGGAAGUGUGAAAUGUUUCAACCUCUUUGACUAUCGAUUGUAUUUUCCUGUUUUCGAUUAAAAUUAUUGAAACAUUGCAUUAUUUUACAUAGAAAAUUUUGAAUUCUCAAAAAAAUUAGCCUAUCUGUGUUUGCUGAAAGCUAAAUUGUGAAAUUAGAAAGAAGUAGAUCUCAUUUAAUUUUCCCUUCUCAUAUGUGAAAUAAUAAUGUUGCAUAACAAUCGAAAUAUGAAAAAAAUAUUAUUCUAUUGCAAUAAUUCAUACUGUUUUCAAGAGGAAGAAACAUUUAACACUGAUAGAUGUGACAAGAAGUGUUGUAGUAAUAACAUUGAGAGUAAGUUGUUAAAAUGUGAUAUUAGCAAUAUCCCGAUGAAUUAUAACAGUAUUUUUAACAGAAAAAUAUUUUGAUAUUUUGUAAUAGGUUUUUCUAAAUUUAUUGAUACAAUUUUGUAAUAUUAUUAUGAUGUUAUGGACAAUUCUACUGCACUGUUUGUAGCGUUUUAUAUCUAGCGAUGUUUAUUAUUUUGAAUUUAGUUGUUCAUGUAGUACCAACUUCACUAUUCUGCCCUAAUCAUUGGCUAUAUUGUGAGUCAGUCCUAAUGUAGUAAAAAACAAGCAAUGAUACCUUUUAUUUGUCAUGUUAGUGACCAAAUAAAUUAUACAAAUAUCAGCACUCAA